AUGAUGCUGAUUCUUCAUGUGCUGAUGCUGUCGCUUCUCUCCAGUGGUUCAGCCGAAGUUGUGACGGAUUUUGAGAGGGAAUGUGGUCAAUUUUUUGCAAAUGGAAGAUCACCUACAAUUUUUCCUGGACAACAGUAUAGGCAGAUCUGCCAAAUGCAAAAAAAUGUUAGUUAUUAUGCCACAUUUUAUGACACCUACAACAAGAUCCCUGUGUACUCAGCCUAUGUUUUUACAGGGAUAAGACACUGUAUAAGAAAAACUAGGUGGUACAUUGAACCUCAAAUUGAUGAUAAUAAUGCAGGACCAAACAUGGCAUCCGAGAGCUCUGUGGAUAUACAAAUACGUGGAGUCCGUCAAGCUCUUAAUGGAAACUAUUACCGCUCUGGAUACCACAAAGGUCAUCUGGCACCAGUCUACCUGGCAAACUCACAGAGGUGUGCUAAUGCCACCUUCACUCUCACUAAUGCUGCCCCACAAGCCAGUUAUUUUAACAGCGUUUUAUGGUGGCGUAAAGAACAAUUACUGGCAACAUAUCUGCAAAGAAAAUGUGUUUCUCAAAAUGUAUACAUUGUAACAGGGGUGGUACCAGGUACUAAUUACAUGAACAAUACAGUGAAUGUGCCUAGUCAUUUCUGGACUGCAUACUGCUGCUUAGACCAGAAUAAGAGAUGUUCAAACUCAAAAGGAUUUAUUGGAACCAAUGACAAUAACUCCAAUAUAAGGACAUAUAAGAAUGUGGCUGCUUUAGAGAAAAAGUUGGAAAACCUUUAUGAUAGAACAUUUCAGUUGUUUCAAUAA